AUGGCGCAGGGCGACUCGGAGAGGGUGGCUGUGGCGGCGGCGCCCAAGGAUGCGCGGAAACAGGAGGCCGUCUACAAAGAGAUCCUUUCCAAGCCGCCAUCAGUCACCUCCGACGCCGCCAUCCGAGAUUACGAGAGCGCCUUGAUUGGCUUGGGGGAGCUCUAUCGCGAUGAGAAGAACUCACAGGAGCUCGUUGGCUUGGUGACAAAGAGCCGGACAGUCCUCUCGUCGUUCGCAAAGGCAAAGACGGCUAAGCUGGUCCGCCAACUGCUCGACCUCUUCCACGACAUACCAAACACAACCGAGAUCCAGAUCUCGGUGACCAAGUCAUGUAUAGAGUGGGCGACGUCGGAGCGCCGCGGGUUUCUGCGGCAGAACCUCGAGACGCGGCUCGUGACGCUGUACAUGGCGAAGCAGUCGUACUACGAGGCGCUAACGCUCAUCAACGGGCUACUGCGCGAGCUGAAGCGGCUCGACGACAAGCUAGUGCUAGUCGAGGUGCAGCUGCUCGAGUCGCGCGUCUACCACGCGCUCGGCAACAUCUCCAAGGCGCGGGCGGCCCUGACGAGCGCGCGCACCAGCGCCGCCUCGGUCUACACGCCGCCCCUGCUGCAGGCCAACCUCGACAUGCAGUCGGGCAUGCUGCACGCCGAGGACAAGGACUUCAACACGGCCUUCAGCUACUUCAUCGAGGCGCUCGACGGCUACCACACGCAGGACGAGCCGCAGCGGGCGCAGGCGGCGCUGCAGUACAUGUUGCUGUGCAAGAUCAUGCUCAACCUGGUCGACGACGUCAACAAGCUGAUGGCGUCCAAGCAGGCCAUGAAGUACGCCGGCCAGUCGCUCGAGGCCAUGAAGGCCAUCGCGCGCGCGCACUCGAACCGCUCGCUCGAGGAGUACGAGCGCGCCCUGGCCGCCUACAAGUACGAGCUGGGCGGCGACGCCUUCAUCCGCAACCACCUGCACCGCCUGUACGACGCCAUGCUGGAGCAGAACCUGAUCAAGGUCAUCGAGCCCUUCAGCCGAGUCGAGAUCGACCACAUCGCCAAGAUGGUCGGCCUCGACACGCAGCAGGUCGAGCGCAAGCUGUCGCAAAUGAUCCUCGACAAGGUCAUCAUCGGCGUGCUGGACCAGGGAGCCGGCUGCCUCAUCAUCUUUGACGAGACGCACCGCGACGAGGCCUACGACUCGGCCCUGGCCACCAUCGAGAAGCUGAGCAACGUCGUCGACGUGCUCUACACGAACCAGGCCUCGAUGCUUGAAUAG